AGCUUAGUUUCAUCGCAACAGAAAACAAACAGAAUCAACCUCUUCAGAUCUGCAAACAAAUAUCCCCACACACCCAAACCCCUAAACAACUUUAACAUCCAUCCAUCCAUCCAUCCAUCCAUCCAUACUUACUUCAUCCACAAGUUUCAAACACCUCUUACUAAGCUUACAAACCAAGCAGCAUUCCACCCCUCAUAAUAAUAAUAAUAAUAAACCCAUCAACCCAAAAAGGUGACAACAUCUAAUCCUUGCUCAUGAGGCUUUAACCAUUAUUCAACCACUUUCAUCAAACAUUUUAAUGAGUUUUGAUAUGAACACUCAGAAUAACAAUAAUAACCGGCUGCUAAGGUUCCGGUCUGCUCCGAGCUAUGUGAUACAGAGUUAUGUGAAUGAGGUUGAGAAAAUUAGAGAUGUGAACAAUGAUGGGUUGAAUUAUGGGUUUGUGGGUUUGCAAGAUCUGGAGGCUGAGGUGGAUCUUAAACCGAACUUUGGUGCCCAGUUGCAGGAGAAUUAUCAGAGUACAACUCAUGGAAGCGUGGAGAGUGGUCAUGGUACAAGUUUGUAUAGCAGGGCGGUUGAUGGUGAUAAAAGUUCGAAUUUGUUUAGACAGAAUAGCUCUCCUGCUGGAUUGUUUUCUAAUGUUAAUCCGACUAAUGGUUACGGCGGAUUGAGAGGUGCAGUUGCGAGCUACAGAUUGGGAAAUGUUGGAAACAAUGGUGAACUGAGUCCUUCUUCAAGCAGAUUAAAGAGACAACUAAGUACUGGGGUUACAUCUUUAGGAAUGUUGCCACGAAUCUCGGAAGUCGAGCCCGACACCAUUGACCCGGGUGUUCUAAAUGAAUCAUCUGAUUACCCUUUUGGUUCAUGGGAACACGAACCUACUUCACAGUUUAUUGAUAGCUAUUCUGGCCUCAAAAGGGAGCUAAAUCUUCAGAAUGGUGAUAACGCGGGAAAUCAUCAACCUAUGUUGUCACACCACUUGAGCUUGCCAAAAACUUCAGGAGAAAUGGCUGCUGUCGAAAAGCUGCUGCAUUUUCAAGAUUCUGUCCCGUGCAAGAUUCGUGCAAAACGAGGUUGUGCUACGCAUCCAAGAAGCAUAGCCGAGAGGGUUCGAAGAACGCGUAUAAGUGAAAGAAUGAGAAAACUACAAGACCUAGUCCCACACAUGGACAAGCAAACAAACACAUCAGACAUGUUGGAUUUGGCUGUUGAUUACAUCAAAGAUCUUCAAGAACAAUACAAGGCGUUAAAGGAUUGUCGUGCAAAGUGCAUAUGUUCGGCAAAGUAAGUUGGGUCAGAGCUAAACUAAUCGAAAACGACUUGUUUGGCAUCAGUUGAAGAAAUUUUUUGUUUGUUACAUCCAUUUUACUUCUAUAAUUCCGGUUAGUAUCUAUAAGAACGUGAUCAACGAUCUAAGAAUCUAUUGAUCACGUCCUGGUUGACAACCAUUAAAAACGUACUUGUUGUCAAACCGGACAUAAGAUUAUAUUAUGUUAGUAGAAACAAUAAUUAUAAUGAAUUUAAUUAAUUAGUUGUACAGUGGAUGUAAUAACAUUAAUCUUUGCUCUAUAUACGUAUACUUAUAAUUCCGUUUAA